AUGGAUUUUUGGCACGAUAACUGGAUAGGGUCUGGUCCGUUGUGUCACCGGGUGGAGAUUUUUCAGGAUCAACAGGUGGUGGAUUUUGUUUCUAGAGGGGAUUGGGACAUCCGUUCACUCUCGCAGGCGCUGCAGCCGGAGUUGGUGCGGCUCGUGAUGGCUAGCAGGCCUCCGACGUGCCAGGGGGAGGACAGAAUGGAGGAACGCUUGAAUCACCUCUUCUGCAUAGGGGAAACUGCCCGGCAGGGGGGUGAUGCACGAGGGAAGGACAGCUGGGGGAGCGGUGGUGGCCCAAACCUUGUAGCGGAUAAGGGAGUUGUUGUAGGUUCAGUUCCCAUUGCUAGUAUGGCCACACAGAUCUUGGGAGAGCUUGCACGGCAAAAGACGUUGACUAUCCUGCCUGUCAGAUGGAUGUCCCCGGGAGUAGGUUAUAAGUUGAAUACGGAUGGUUGUGCGCUUGGGAAUCGAGGGCGGAAUGGAGGAGGAGGAGUGGUGCGGGAUUCUCGAGAGGGUUUUCUUCUUGGGUUUGCAUGGUUUCUAGGCGUCACCACGAGCCUCCAUGCUAAAUUGAAGGCUUUAGUAUAUGGGGUUAAUCAAUGCGUUGCUCGGGGGUAUUUGGAUCUGCACUUGGAGGUGGACUCGCUAUCCCUGGUUCGAAUCAUUUCUGGGGAUCAUGCAUGCCCCUGGCGGUUGCAGGUGGAGUUGGACGAGCUUAUGCAACAUCAGGGUCUGUUUCGAUCCGUCAAGCAUUGUUAUAGAAAGGCAAACAAACCAUCGGACAGGUUGGCUAAGUUGGGUGCGACGGAGGGCACUGACUCCGUGUUUGAUUCCUUUGAAGCGCUUCCCCCUCUGGUUCGCGGGGAUAUAUGA